ACCCAACGCACUGCGUGGGUUCGCCUAUUGCUGGAAACCAGGCGGGACCGUCGCAGCGCCGGCAACAAUGUGAACUUCACAUUGUGAAGUGCGGCCGUCCUUCCACAGGUUCAUCUUUUGCUAGCUGGCGUGCUCGCACCGAUCUCGCUGCGCGUGCUGUCGAACUGGAUAAGAUCAGCGCGCCGAUCAACAUCUCAUCGACACUUUCGUCUUCCAAUAUGUCGCCCGACUGUAAAAAUAGUCACUUGUGUGGCUAGGAUCGGGAUCUUCAACAGUCGCAACGAUACCAUUGCUGUGGCUGCUGGAUACAAAUGAAGCGGUCCGAGAUGAAGCCUGGUCGCCCGUCCAGCGCGGUGUCCUCUGCGUCAGCGUCACCCGUGUCCUCGCCGCGUGCUCGUCGACCGAUGACCACCACGACCAACGAGAUACUCUUCGCGCGGCCUGCGAGCGUCCAUUUCGGCGGUUUUGCGCUGGAGCGCUCAGUCCAACAGCGUGUUCGUGUCCACAAUAAUAGUGCCAAAGCAGUGCGGCUGCGCUACACGUUUCCUACAGGAAAGAAGGGUUUCCGAGCAACAUUUGCCAAUGCCGAUCGACCGUCGUUUGUAUCGGCGGGGCUCUGUGAGGAAAUUCUAGUGUCGUUCGCGCCCCCAGCAGGGUUCCAGUACUAUUAUGACUGUAUCCAAGUGCAGUGUGAAGAAGUGGCAUACGGCUCCAGCGCCGACGUCGCUCGCAGUGGCGCCACAUUAAUCCCAUUGCACGCAUAUCCGAUGGUGAACGAAGUAGCGUUUCCAACGCGGAUAGACUUUGGAGUUGUAGCACGCGGCACUUGUGCCCGGAAGUUUUUUGACAUCACCUGCUCCGUUCCGGUGGAGUUCGAGUAUGAGUUACGAGUCACGAAGCCGCAUCCGGCGUUCACAGUGUUUCCAUUAACAGGCACCAUUUCGCCCAGAGGAGAGGCACGCAUUGAGCUGGAGUACCGACCGCUGCAGUACGCAACCGCAAGUGCCGAGUUAGAAUUGCAUGUCUCCCAGUUGGGGUUCGUGCCUCGUAUCUGUACGCUUACAGGCUCGUCCUCCAGCACCGCAGUAGAUGCAACUUCGACUGUGGAGAUUGCAGAGCCGAAAAUGAGUUCGCCAGCAUCUCCUACAUCGAAAGAAAAGCCAGGACGCCGCUCCGAGGCGCAGACUACAUCAACCAAGGCCAGCACACCCCGAAGUACGACUAAAACUCGAAGCAAGAAAUACGUGAAAGAAGAGCCUCAGAUCGACGAAGCCGAUGACGAGGAGGAACUGGAGAAGGUGCGCGGCGUCGAAAUCCCCCGCAACUUGAACUCCGUUACAGGGGUGACUUUUGUGCUGAACCAAGAACCGGGCAAGCUGAAACCCAAGGACUUAAAGAAGGCCAUUGCCAAGAACCGUGCAUUACAGCAACAACAACGAGAGGAGCAGGCUAAGCUGGGUACAGGGAAUGCCCAUGAUGAUGAAGACGAAGAUGUCGCAACGUUCAGCUUCCAAACCCUUGUACGAGAAGAAGAGGGAUAUCUGGAAAGAGUACACGUCAGUAAACAGGUCAAGGACAUGUUCUUUCUUCAAGAAUUACGGGAGGUGGCUGAAGCAGAGAAGACACUCGAGUUCCAAAGCCACAAAGUACAUCUCGGCCAGCGGUUGCUAUCGCGCAAGCAAAUUGCACAACUUAUGAAGCUCCGAGAGUUGAACUCGCAAGCGUUGACACGGCAGCAGCGAGAGCAUCUCCGCACAGUGUUCAUCAAUGUACUGUACGAGCCGCCAGUCGUGUCAGACCACCAGCAUCAGAAAAAUGAUGAUAUUCAACCUCUUCUGCCUGCGGAGAUUAAAACAGCAAUGCUACCAGCUCACUUCAUACCAGCUUACACGCCAGACUUCAAGCCGUACAAGAACGAUCUGUGGACACGGCGUCAACGUUUACUGCGUCGUCUAGUUCGUGCCGUAUCUACAUGUAUUCUACGUCUUCGAGCCCAGAAACGACUCGAUCGUAUUCAUGCAUGGCUUGAUGGGUCCAAGACUCGGGUACAGGUUCGCGAAAAGGUUGCUUUGGACUGGCAGUCGAGUACCCAAGCUGCCGGUAGUGAUACAGCCGAGGUACCAAAGCAUAAUGUAUCGAAGCAGAAGCCAAAGCAGGAAACAUUUGGGUCAGUAUCAAACGGUGACCAAUGCCAGUAUUAUUUAUCCAGCUUCCCUAUAGUCGAAGAGAGUACGGCACAAAAGCACCGUGAGAGUAUUGAUGUGCCACCGGAUUGGGAGCUCAAGUUCAACUCGUUUACAUUCAUGGAACUCAAGCCUCGUGAUGAAACUCUAUUGAUGGGGCAUGAACCACUACCUCUGCCCGCACUUCCGACCUACGUCCCACUGGAAAACGCUCGUGUGCUUCGUCAAGGCGCUGAGGACGAGUGCGGAGUAGUUGCCUCGCUAGUGGUCCAAUCUUCAAAGGCUGACCAAUCAUCCGCAAAUAAUUCCACUAUCGAACACACCGUGCCGUCGCUUCUAGAAAUGUUGCCGCCCGAUGUUUUCCUACGCCCGCAGGCUAGUGUGCGACCACUUUUGGAGUUGCAAGGACCUCGCGAAACCGAAGCAAGUUACGCGCUGCGGCCACGUCGAGUAUUUCGUACACUUCCAACGCAUUUUUUGACUUGGCAGGACUCUCAGAUCGGACUGAAGUCUGUCACAGGGUUGCUGGAUGGAGCAAACCUCUAUUCGUCGGAUAUUUUUAUUGGCUCUACCGAUAGAAAGCAAGUUGAGCCAAUUUUCCCUUCUUCUACAGAAUGUCCAACUGCUGCGAAUGGUGAAUCAAUUUUCGGAGACGUGUGGAAUGUGGCGACCACUACUGUGCCUUCACUAGCAGUGCGAGCAGGGGAUAUUCCCAGUCUGUCUGACAGCGAAAGCGACGAGGACGGCGGAACUGACGAUGCCCGUAUCUCUUGGAAGCAUGCACUCGAGUUGUUUGAAGAAUUCUCUGGUGAUCAAAACGAUGAUAGAUCUGGUGGUGAUUAUGAGGAAGGCGAGCUUCUAGGACGCGAAAAAGGAGUCUACAGCUUCGAACGUUAUCGCCACUUGAUUCGACAGGAGCGUGCGUACAACAGCCACCGGCAAGAACUUCUGGAACGACUUCCCAAGCUUCUUGAUGCUGUAUCUACACAGAUUGAGCAUCCAGACUACGCAUUGGUGGUGCGAGGUCAUGGUCCGGAGCAGCCGUUGCACCAAGUACAGCACCCCAGUCAACGCAAGAGUUAAACCAGAAGAUGAAAAUCAAGACGAUGAGUUUCGCUUGGACCAUGGCAUUAAAACUCGAUCUGACUUUGUUGGCUGUCUCACCAUACUUUUGCCUUAAAGUAGAUGUUGUAGACAAAUUGCAUAUAUCAAGAUUUGGAUCUCCCUUGAUCUUAGUGUUUCCGCUUUCGACACUGAUUCACUGAAUCACCUAACCAAAUCCCG